UCUGUGCUCUCAGGCGUCGCAUCCAUCGGCUUGGCGUGGCUGUGGUUCAAGUGGCGUGCGAACUACGUCUGGGUGCAUCAACACAUCAUCAUUCCGACGUUGGUCAACUCGCUCAUCGGGUUUCUGUCGACCAUCUUAAACAUAUACACGGUACACGGGGGUCAAUGGUCUGCGACGUCGAUAGCUACCACAACCGUCACCGGCUGGUGGCUGGUCGUAUCUUGCGUUUUGUGCGGCGUCUACCAAUAUUUACUAGAUGGACUACGUCGCAAGACGGAAUGA